GUGCGGUGACAGCACUGGUCAAAAAAUCCUUCAACGCUUCCGUGGAACUACGAAACAAAAGGGUGCCCGUUGCUAUUUUGGAGUCUGCUCAUCCUGUUGUACUGGAUUCAUCCUCCUGCAGCUCACAGUACGGAUGGUGUUGUUUAAGAGGCGGCCAGCUUGACCUGUUAUCGGCCCCCCUCUCCACUACACACCCUGAACCACCUCACCCAACACCUGGCUGGUGCUCUGGCCCCAUUCAGGUUCUCUCUGCAUCGAGCCUGGCAAUGUCCAGAGCACCAAGCCCCCCCUCCCCGGCAGAAAUGUCCAGCGGCCCCGUGGCUGAGAGCUGGUGUUACACUCAGAUCAAAGUGGUGAAGUUCUCCUACAUGUGGACCAUCAACAACUUCAGCUUUUGUCGCGAGGAGAUGGGCGAGGUCAUCAAAAGUUCCACUUUCUCCUCUGGAGCCAACGACAAACUCAAAUGGUGUUUACGUGUAAAUCCUAAAGGUCUGGAUGAGGAGAGCAAAGACUAUCUGUCACUUUACUUGCUCUUAGUCAGCUGCCCAAAGAGUGAGGUGCGCGCCAAGUUUAAGUUUUCUAUCCUCAAUGCCAAGGGAGAAGAGACCAAAGCCAUGGAGAGCCAGCGGGCCUACCGUUUUGUCCAGGGGAAGGACUGGGGUUUCAAGAAGUUCAUCAGGAGGGACUUCCUGCUGGACGAGGCCAACGGUCUGCUGCCCGAUGACAAACUGACUCUGUUCUGUGAGGUGAGUGUGGUGCAGGACUCUGUGAACAUCUCAGGCCAGAACACAAUAAACAUGGUGAAGGUUCCUGACUGCAGGCUGGCAGAGGAGCUUGGGGAUUUGUGGGAAAACUCGAGAUUCACAGACUGCUCCCUUUGUGUCGCUGGCCAGGAAUUCCAGGCACACAAAGCCAUCUUGGCAGCUCGCUCGCCGGUGUUCAGUGCCAUGUUUGAACACGAGAUGGAGGAGAGCAAGAAGAACCGUGUGGAGAUAAAUGACGUGGAGCCAGAUGUCUUCAAAGAGAUGAUGUGCUUCAUCUACACAGGCAAGGCCCCCAACCUGGACAAGAUGGCUGAUGACCUGCUGGCUUCAGCUGACAAGUAUGCUCUGGAGCGGCUGAAGGUGAUGUGCGAGGACGCCCUGUGCACGAGUCUCUCUGUGGAGAACGCCGCAGAGAUCCUCAUCCUCGCCGACCUGCACAGCGCCGACCAGCUCAAGACACAGGCGGUGGACUUCAUCAACUGUCACGCAGCGGAGGUGAUGGACACGUCAGGCUGGAAGUCCAUGGUGAUCUCUCAACCGCAACUCGUGGCAGAAGCAUAUCACUCCCUGGCCUCGGCCCAGUGCCCCUUCCUGGGCCCGCCACGGAAACGCCUCAAACAGUCCUAGUGGUCUGGAGAGGGACUCCUCAGUCCUGCUGGCUCCUUCUGUACCAGCGACCUCACUGCUCCUGCCUCCCAGUCCUCCUCUCGCUCCUCCGGCAUCCAGAGACACCAAAGACUGAUACCCAAAGGACUUGGCUCGAUAUGACUAAGGGAAAGCUCAGCUGGGAAAAACAGGGACUGAUGCAGAGGAGGUAUUACAGAUUUUUGUAGAUGAGGAGGAAGUGAUAAUUCAUAUUCUCUCACUGUGAUAUUGGAAAGCCGGAGCCUCGAUCUGGGACUCGGUCACGUAAAGAAAACUCCUCCUGGCUCGAAACAGAAAAGUCAAUGUUGAGUCCCUGUAAAUUGAAAUCUGUGGCAUGUUGUCUCGUACGAUGUCUGGAGUUUUGAAGCCCAAACUGCUCAUGAAAGCCGAGUGAAGAGGAUCAACCAUCCAGAAAGUGAUGUUUGUGCAAAGUGCUGUUCUUCUAGGGCAUCAUCAAUUCUCAGUUUGAAUGAAAGAGGACUGAUCCGAACAUGUCUUAAUAUGGGCAGACAGUGUGAGGCUGAGUUUAAUUUCAGAAUCUAGUUGAAUAUCUUUCAGAUCAAUCGCUGCUCGACAUGCAGUUAGAGGGCGGUCACGACACCUGAUUAAUGAUCCUUACGAUCAAUUAACUGUUUCCUGUGCGAUCUGUUCAGGUCCGACAUUCAGAAAGUCGGCCAUCUUGCACUUUAAGAAGUUCCACACUUCACUUUCUUACAGGGCUGCUAUUACAGAAGCUGUUAUCAACUGUAGUUGACAUGUUUGAAUGUGGUUGUAGCAGAGUUUACAUGUUGUUGCUAAAACUGUUGUCUUAAUCGAGACUGUGCUGUGAUAUAAAACAGCAUUUGACUUUCCACUCAUAGUGGAAUCACAAAGAGAAAUGCUGGAUUUCUCUCUUUGAAAUUAUUUGAUUAAAUCGUGCAGUUUGAUUUAACACAACGUAGAGGAUUUGAAAAGAAAAGCACAUUGUCUGCCAAGCUUUAAGAAAUGUAUCAAAUAAACGUUCUCUUAACCUACCUGUUAAUUAACAGUUAAUUUCCUCUUACUGACACCAGGCCAUGCAGAUGUUUUGCGAAACACAUUUUUUGAGUGUGAGCCUCUCGUUCACAUGCAAACAGCUUUUUAAAUCACUAAAACCAAGAUUUUACAAACACCUUCCAAAGUGCUUUCUGUGUUCAUUUAAAGCUGAGUUCUUGGGAAACGAUGACAUCACAGUUUACUCUGGCCAUGCCGAAAUUUGCUUUGUGUAAAAAACUUGCACCAGAAACAACAACAAUGUCUAUAGACCAGCAUCUCUACGUUUGGUUAAGUCCGCAACUAAAUCAAUCAUCACUGCUCCACAUCAGUGGCGUUCGAAGGCGUCGGCCUCAACCAGUUUCACUUGGACCUCAGAGCUCACAGAGCUCACAAUGUUCUUCUCUGGUAUUCGACGUCGAUUAAGCCUUCAUCACCACCUGCUGGCCUGACAUGCUUGUUUGAGCGUUUGUAUUCGUUUUUGUGUUCUUGUCUGAAUAAAGAUAUUUUGUACAAUGA